CGAUCCUCCACAGCAGAGGCACGCGGAGCCGUCGCCGUCGCCGUCGCCUCCCCGUGUCGCUAGCCGGCCAUGAAGUAAGUAGAGGAGGGAGUAGUAUAUUACGCCAAGCCAAAGAUUGCCUGCCUCCCCGGCCGCGCUCACCAGCACGACACCGGCCGCGCACGCAAACGCAAGCCAAGGCGGGAGCGCGCGCUUUUCUUGCGCCGUCGCGUCGAUCGCGACUCACGGCGUCGAAUGCUCGUGGCCGCGCUGAGGCACAUGCUGCGCCGCGUCCUCGCCGGCCUCCGCGCGCUGCACCCGCGCACGCGCAGGCGCCGGCAAGGCGGCGCUGGGGCUGGCGCUGCGGCCGGUGUCGGAGCGGCGACGGUGCCCAAGGCGCGCGUGACCGUGCGCCGGCUGGGCAGCAACGGCGGGAGCAGGAAGGCCGGUACCCUGCGCGGCGGUGCUGAUGGGUCGGCGCCGGGCGAGGGACGGCAGCCGGUGACCAUCCGCGUGGCGACGUUCAACGCGGCGCUGUUCUCCAUGGCGCCCGCGGUGGCCGCAGUCCCUGAAGCGGGAGCGGAGCGCGAGGCCGCGCGCCGGAGCGGCGCCGGCACGGGCACGGGCGCGCGGCCGCGGCCCAAGGGGAUCCUGAAGGCGCAGGCGAGCCUGCUGUCGCGGGCGCCGAGCAAGGCGCGCGUGUCCAUCAACCUGCAGGACAACGAGAUCUCCCUCGACCGGAGCGGCAAGCUCGGCAGCCCGAGGGCCCGGAAGCCGCAGUCCCGGCUGCAGCAUCAGGUGGUCGUGGGCGGGCUGGACGCGAGCCGGCGGCGGAGCGUGGAGGAGGUGCUGCGGGAGACGGGCGCCGACAUCAUCGGGCUGCAGAACGUGCGCGCCGAGGAGGAGCGCGGGAUGCGGCCGCUGUCGGAGCUGGCGGGCGCGCUGGGCAUGCGGUACGUGUUCGCCGAGAGCUGGGCGCCCGAGUACGGCAACGCCGUGCUCUCCCGCUGGCCCAUCAAGCGCUGGAAGGCGCUCCGCGUCGCCGACCAGUCCGACUUCAGGAACGUGCUGAGGGCCACGAUCGAGGUGCCGCGGGCCGGGGAGGUGAACUUCCACUGCACGCACCUGGACCACCUGGACGAGAGCUGGCGGAUGAAGCAGGUGGACGCCAUGCUCCGCUCCGUCGACGGCCCCCACAUCCUCGCCGGCGGCCUCAACGCGCUCGACGGCACCGACUACUCCGCCGACAGAUGGGCCGACAUCGUCAAGUACUACGAGGAGAUCGGCAAGCCGACGCCCAAGGUGGAGGUGAUGAAGUACCUCAAGGGGAAGCAGUACGUGGACGCCAAGGAUUUCGCCGGAGAGUGCGAGGCCGUGGUGGUCGUGGCCAAAGGCCAAGACGUGCAAGGGACGUGCAAGUACGGCACGAGGGUGGACUACAUUCUCGCGUCGCCCAGCUCCCCCUACAAGUUCGUGCCGGGGUCCUACACGGUCGUCUCCUCCAAGGGGACGUCGGACCACCACAUCGUCAGGGUCGACGUCACGAUAGUGCCGGACACGAGGGACGCGGACGAGCAGGCCGCCGGGGGCCGGAAGCAGAGGGUGGUGAAGAUGAGCAAGAAGGGGUCCAGAAAAGGGAUAUGGGCGGCCAAAUGAUGACAGUCGCUGCUAUUGCUGGAGUCCUUCUCUAGUAUACUUUCUUUUUCUCCUUUUACCUGUUUUGCCAUUGUUGGUAGAGGUGAUGUUGGUUGCUUUCAAUUCAAUUGUGUAUACGGCUGGGCUGGCUAGUGGUUGGAGUGGGACUGAAGGAAGAAUGUGAUGUAUAAGUAACCAGGAUGUGGAAGGAAGCAAUGUAUUUUUGGGAUGGCUUC